CGUUGAUUUUAUUUGUUAUCUAUUCUGACUAUCCAAUCAAUUACUCAACAUUUAUCUUUCCCCUUUUCCUCUCUCCCCACCAAAUUCUGAUCGGAAGCAAAGCAACAUCUACGGACCGAGAUGGGCAAGAUGCAGUCUUUCAAGGAACAGUUUUCUUUCGACGAAAGGGCAGAAGAAUCACAGGAUAUCAUCGCCAAAUAUCCCGAUCGAGUUCCUGUUGUUGCUGAAAGAUAUUCUAAGUCCGACCUCCCUGAAAUGGAGAAGAGGAAAUUCCUGGUACCUCGUGACAUGUCAGUCGGCCAAUUUAUCCACAUUUUGGCCGCAAGGCUCCGCCUGGAUCCCGGGAAACCACAAACAACAAGCUUGAUCGAGUCCUUGUACAAUUCAUCCAAGGACGACGAUGGGUUCCUUUACAUGUGCUACAGCAGCGAGAAAACAUUUGGCAGCUAUCAUAAUGUUAUGUGGAAUGAGUUUUCUCUUGGUGGGUUCCUUUACAUGUGCUACAGCAGCGAGAAAACAUUUGGCAGCUAUCAUAAUGUUAUGUGGAAUGAGUUUUCUCUUGGCUAAUGCCUAAUAGUAUGCUCUUUCUAUGCCAUGCCUUAUGCCCGUGACUGUAAAUAUAUUUGAAUGGUAUGUAUACAUUUGUUAUUGUGUUUGUGUUGCUGGAAUGUCAAA